UUUUCCUCCUAAACCAGCCCAGGCUACCCCACCAACAGCAGCAACGAAAGCUGCCGCAAUAGCGGCGUUGAUAUUGGUACAGCCGCCACGCCUCCCUUGCAAGCCGAGGGGACGGACGGGCAGCCCGAUCCCAGGGCAGCCCAAUGGGAUGCGAGGAGGAUGGGAUCUCCUUCCUCUCCUAUUGCGUGGGGGUUUCUGAGGGGGCAGCUUUAUUUUCCCCUGCAACACAAAAAGUCUAUCCCAGGCGGCCCCGCCUGCUUCCACCUCUCCCACCGUCUUUAGUCUACUACUACAUUACAUUUUGAGGAGUCGUUUCUCUUCUAUCAGAGAGCCCCCAGGCAGCCAACCGAGAGCGGGGAGCGAGCAGCCUUUCUCCUACUACUAUAGUGUUUCGAUAUGGGGAGAAAUGAUGAGAAGGUGGACUUGGAUCAUAAUGUUGUCUUUCCAAGAAGCAUCGAUUCCCCCCCACCUAUCGACCCACUGACGGCCGCUUCUGCUGUCUAUUGAGGAGGAGGGACACCCUCGUUCCGUCAAAUUCUGCACGACAGCAAGGCACAACCCCCUGCUUUUUACAUGAGAUCAGCUUAAACGCCCAACCCAACCCAACCCUUUCUCGUGGAAGCAGACUCCCCACCCUGUUCUUCAUCUCCUUUGCAGAGGGUCCACUCGGAUGCGGAGGGAGAAGAGGAGGCUCCUGUUUCCUUGUUGCAUUGACCUCGCCGGCCGGUGUACAGACUGAUUGAGGAACCAGAGACACAUCCUGUCUUCCCACCCACGUUCCCAGCUGAGGGACAGAGCAGCAUCCAUUCUGUCCUCUAGCUUCAAGGAAUGGAUCAAGGCAGAGGCGGUUUCCCUCUCCUGAUGCUGCAUGCAGGCCUCUUUGAUCUUCACAGCAGGUAUAAACCAGAUGUUGCUCUAUUUUGUAAAUGCGGCUGCGGUUUGCAAACACAUGUGGGGAGUGAUGGCUCCAAGGGUCAUCCUGAAAUCCAAGUCGUCUUCAACUUGGGUGAAUAUGGCAAACCAUUUGCUUUUACAAAUUGGCCUUGGAAACCUUUGAGUUCUUGCUCUGAAGAAUCCUCUUUUCCUCCUUGGCCCAACUCGUACCACUUUGAACAGAGGCAAAAGUUGGGGAAGCAUACUCUUGAGGGAGCCUUCCUCCAUCGGUGCAAUUGCCACGGCGCAACCUCUACCUCUAUGAGCUCUCUUGUUAAAGAGGAACUGUGAGUCCUCUGGCUGCUGAUGCGUCUUCUUGCCCAACUCCUGGAAGAGCAAAGAUGGUUCUAUUUCCUUCAGAUUAGGAAUGGAAUGGAUUUGUUUAAUACUGUGAAAUGGAUCCUGCUAUUGCCAGAGCACCCCUCCAAAACAGUAAUGGCUCAUAAGCACAGAAGAAUCUGAUAGUUUUUAUACACACAAAAUACAUACACCCUUCACGGAGAUGCCCAGCGAGGUGCUUCAAAGUAACAGUGGGAUGGAGGAGCCUGUGCUAAGGGAGAGCAAGGGCAGGACACAAAGCCCUCAUCGUGACUCCUUACGGAGAGCUGUAGCUACUGCAGUGACCUUUGAUGGUGAAGUCACUACAGAGAGGAGGAAAAGGAGGAAGAAAGAGUCCCGUCCAGAAUCAAUUAUUGUCUAUAGGUCAGGGAAUGAGAACAAAGUGGAAGAAGAACAGGCAAGUGAGGAUGCCGGUGAGAGAAGUUCAGAGGAAGGCUCCAAGUUCUUGGGACACUCUGUAGGAGAUGGUUCUUGGACUAUGCCCUUAGACAGCAGAUAUGUUACUUUAACUGGAACCAUCACAAGAGGAAAGAAGAAAGGACAGAUGGUAGACAUUCAUGUUACACUAACUGACAAAGAGUUACAAGAGUUGGCCAAGUCAAAAGAACCUCCUAAAACUGAAAUGCCUGAAGGAAAAAAGACUUGUGAAAUUGGACUGGAUAAAGGCCCCCAUGUUUUUCUCUGGAGCCUUGCCUGCCUCCCUGUCAUCUUCAUCAUGUCUUUUGUUGUUUCCUUUUACUAUGGGACAAUCACAUGGUACAAUGUCUUCUUGGUGUAUAAUGAAGAGAGGACCUUCUGGCACAAGAUCACCUUCUGCCCCUUUCUGAUUAUCUUCUACCCAAUCAUAAUCAUGGUGGUGUCUUUCUCCUUGGGCCUCUACACGGCAAUGACUCAGAUCUCAUGGGCCUUUGGGGACUGGUGGCAUGCCGUGAGGGAUAUGGAGAAAGGAUUCUGUGGCUGGAUCUGUAGCAAGAUGGGCCUCGAAGACUGUUCCCCAUACAGCAUUGUUGAGCUACUAGAUUCUGACAAUGUCUCAGGUAGCCUGUCAGCGAAGGGCUCUGCACAGGGUGAAGAGAUUUCAGCCGUCUGAGCUUUUGCUCUAAGGGACUUUUCAUGCCCCAUGCAUAUUGCAAAUGUACCUGCAGUUACUUCUGUAAGUGCAUACACACACAUGCUGAGUCCUGGGGAAUAAGACCUUUCAGGCCAAUUCAGACAUUUGGGAUAACAAAUAUAUAUGAUACAGCCCUUCCAAGACUCACAGAAAUCCUCCCACUUCAGAAUGCAAGGGAGAAGUUGCAAGUUUUAACAUUCUCAAAACUGUCUGUAGAGAACUAUCAUGUUAAAGAGAGAGGAGCUCUAGUUUAGCUGAAGCUUUUCUUUUCUUUUCUUUUUUAAUAGCCUAGAUGCAUUCUUAACUUGCUAUUACUCAAUAGAAUGUGGUUGAGAUGGAGAAGCACUUGAAUGUGAUUUCCCCCCCCACUUCCAUUUUGAUGAGUGGCAGACACAGAAGGACUGUAUCAUACAGUUUUGCUAACUGUUUAACUAUUCAGAGCCAGUUUAUACCACUUCAGGCUGCUGGUGGAGGGUUGCAUUUUUAAUUGCUUCCCCCGCAAAAAAAGAAAAAGAAAAAAGACAUUGCAUGUAAUUGAGAAGGCUAAGCCAAAGUCUCCAGCCUGACAGCCUUCCAUGUGCAAAGAUGAUUUUUUUUUUAAUGAGAGAACAUAAACACUUGCAACUCUAGCCCUCUACCCACACUCUCAAGUGAAACAGCCCAGGAAAAGCUUUACCACUUGAUUUUGGUGAUAAUAUAAACUAGCUCUUUGGUUCUUUGUGUUCACUUCAGAAUCUGUGUGUGCUGGGUAAAGGAUGCAUCUUUCCUGGAAGAUUAAUAUUCAUGACUGGCUCUAAAUACUGGUGUUUCAGUAUUUCAGUGUUUCUUGUGGGGUGUGAUUAAAGCACAACUCUUAGUGACAAAAGUUCUGUUUUGUUGGGUUACUUGGAUGGAAGGAGAAUGGAAAAGGAAAAAUGUAUCGCAAGUAUUCUGCUUUUUCAGAAUGAAUCUUUCUAGUGUGAACAUAAAGUCUACAACCUUCUAGUCCAUGCCUGUUUUCCCUGGAGUUAGGUCUGUAACUCAGAGCAUCUGCUUUGCACACAGAAGGUCCCUUGUUCAAUGCCUGGCAUUCUCCAGGUAGGACUGGGAAAUACUGUUGUCUGGAACCCUGGGAGGUUCCUGCUCUCAGUGGAGACAAUGCAGAACUACAUGAACCAUUGGUCUGACUCGAUGUAAGGUAAUUUCAUAUUUUCAGGUGCUAAAGAUAAUGACUACAAUCUGAAAUGCAUUUUCCUGCAAGUUAAGUCCUAUUUAAAGUAGGUCCCCAAACACAAUUGCCCAUAGCCUGUGAUGAUAAGUAUUGUCUUAGAAACUAGUGUCCCUAGAAUGCUCUGCUGGGUUAGAAGUGGGGAACAGGUCCUCUUCUCUACAAUGUCACAGUGGCCUCUCUCUUCUAUUUAGUCAUCACAAUUUUUAAACAUAUGUCAUGUUUGUUAAAGAGUGUUAGCACUAACAUCUGAUUGAAUGCCUGGACAAAAAGCCAAGCUGAACUAGAAAGCUUUCUUAAUGGUAGCUCGUAGUAUACUAGAGAGAGAACAGGCAUGUACAAAACUGGUAAGAUGCACUUGUGCAUGGUGUUGGUGUAGAUCAUUAGCACAGGCCUUAUGGAUGGCACAAGUUAUACGAUGAUGUAGGGCUGAGGAUUCAUACUGGGGCUGUGCUUUGGUGCAUCCGAUUCCAAAUAAUGAGCAUCACCCCUUCAGAACUGUACAGGGGCAGCUGCUCCCAGUGCACCUGUCUCCGCAUAGUACUGUUCACUCCCAGUAUGCGGGGCAGCUCCUUUAUAGGAAGCAGAGCCUCAUAAUGCCUCUGUGACAGCUGGGGUGGGGCAUGUGAUGGGAGGUGUGCUGGAGAGCACUGGGAAAUUUAAUCCUUUUGAGCACUUUCCCCACAGAGCUCUAUGAGGAAAGGACUGCACUUCCCAGUGCUCUCUGCUCAAAUGCCACAUGCCCUCCCAGCCAUCGGUGAGGAAAUAUGGCACUCUGUUUCCCAUAGAAGGAGCUCGCCCACAGUGAGAGUGCACAGAGAUGGGCACAGUGAGAGCAGCCACCUCCACAUUCUUCCAGUAGGGCGGUGCACAUUAUUCAGCUCUUUGGGUAUGCCGAAGCACAGCCCUAAUUAGUACCACUUAUCACUGUUUAUAUAGGACAGCUCUGAUACAGUUUGGGGCUGGCAGCUGCACAAUAUCUAUUUUCCACUUGAUAUGCAUUAUUGGGCCUCCUUGCAUUCUUGCUUCAUAGUCAAUAGGUGUAGCUAUUGACCUCUGUGAAGUGAACAAGACUGAGCUCAAGUGUUGGUGCUAUUUGUAUUUGCCUCUGGUAUGCCUUUCUAAACUCUAGAUUCUUUCUCUUUCUCACAGCUUUAGUUGCCUAAUGCUGCAAAGUGUCUGUAAAGCUUGCUAACUUGAUUAAAAGCCAUGCUGUAGUUGAAAAGCACAAUGUUCUUUCCUUCUUCCACUCACAAAUAAUAGCUGAUUGUGUGUGACUGGGUGUAUACAGACGGAACAUUAAUUGAAUAGUGGGGCUGCUCUAAAAUUAUGCUCACCAUGCUCUGUUCAAAUAAACCAAGUCAAGCUCGGGGGUGGGGUGGGGGAUGUUUCUGCAAGUUUAUCAUAGAAGCUGGUGACUGUGAUGUCACAAAUCCACUUCCAUCCCCAGUUCAUUUUUGCAACUUAAAAAAAAAAGGGUUGUUUUUUUAAAAAGAUCAAUCAACAUUUACAUGAAUAAACAUGCAUUUGAUGCUUCAAAUAAAAAGGCAGACAGCCUGCCUGAAACAUGGAGGGAGGGCAAGGCAGAUGCCUGAAACAGCAUUUGAUUUGCUGGUAUGUGUCAUUUACAUUGUGAAGGCAGGAGGAAGCUGUGGCUUCUUUUCCAAUGUUACGUCUGUAUCCACCCGUAGUUCAUAAUGCUAGAAUUCCCCAAAGAGGCUUAGUACCUGAAUGUGUCUAGUUGCUCCCAUAUUGGUAUGGGAGAUUUAUAAUUAUUUCCUAAUAUUUAUUUGAUUUCUGUCUACCUAUCCUUCAUCUCUGGCUUCAAAGUGUACCAUUAUUCUCCCUUGCUUGGACUAUAUUAAAGACCCAUUUUAAGUGCUGUG